AUGAAACAUGAUGCAGCCGAAAGAGCAAUCAUUCGGUACCAUCAGAAAAAAGAAGAAAUUGUUGAAAAUGGAAAAGAAGGAUUAGUGAAAAAAGAUGAUAUUGUUUACAAGAAAACAAGACUAGAAAAUGCACUAAAUGGAAAAAAUAUCCAGAUGCUAAUUGCAAUGAAAGGCAAUUCACACAUCUCAAAAGCAAUUAUUGAACACUAUCAUGAAAAAUAUGGACAUUGUGGCGUGAAUGCAACAAUGGGACAAGUGCAAGAAAUGUUCUGGAUGACAACUCUAAGGAGAACUGUGAAAGAUAAACUGAAAAAAUGUGCAACGUGCAGAAAACUAAACAGCUUGCCAUAUGAAUAUCCACAAGCACCUCAUCUUCCAAGAGAUCGGGUUACAGAAACAAGUCGGGCUUUCGAAAAUUGCGCAACAGAUUUCUGUGGUCCUUUCUUGACAAGAAAUGACAACAACAGGAUGAAAAAAGUAUUUAUUUGUUUAUUCACAUGCUCCACUUCACGAGCAGUUCAUUUAGAAACAACUGGAAGUCUAUCCACUCAAGAAUUACUUCUGGCACUUACUAGAUUUGUAAGUCGUCGAGGAGUGCCAAAAAUAAUGAGAUCAGACAAUGGAUCGUCAUUUGUUUUAGCAGCAGAAAUAUUAAAUCACAAUGUUCCAACCAAGGAAAACUUACAAAAAUUGCAAAAUGAAGCAGAAAAAAUCGGAAUCGAUUGGAGAUUCAACACAGCAGCUGCACCUUGGCAAGGUGGAAAUUUCGAAAGAUUAGUCGCACUAGUCAAAAAAGGACUUAAUACCUGUAUUGGAAAAAAUAUAAUUGGAAGAGAAGUUUUUGAAACUACAGUUACAAGAAUCGAAAAAAUCAUUAAUGAAAGACCAAUAACAGUGGCAUCAAAUGAAACUAAUUCAAAUUCUUGGGAUCAAAUUAUCAGACCUAUCCAUUUGAUAUGCCCGAAAUGGGAAAUGAAAGAGUUGAAUAUUCAAACUGAUUCUCAAGAAUAUGACGAGUACACCAGCUGGAUAAAAAGCUGUGACUCAUAUGUAACAAAGUUUUGGAAAAUCUGGAAAAAUGACUAUAUUUUGAACAAUGAUUAUCUGAAGAAACAAAUCAAGCUAAAAGGAGCCAAAAAUCAAAUCAAAAUACCCAAAGAAGGAGAAAUAGUUCUGAUAAAAAAUGACAACCAGAAAAGGAAAGAAUGGAGAAUGGGAAUAAUAACAGAAGUGAUAGAAUCGAGAGACGGACAAAUUCGAUCCGCAAAAGUGAAAAUGAAUAAUUUAAGAGGAAAGAAAAUAAUUACUCGACCAAUAAAUUUAUUGAUACCAUUAGAAAUCAGAUGCACAGAAAAAAUCGAACAAGAAAAAAGAACAAACCGAAGAGAAAAAAGAACAAAAACAGAAAAAAGAAAAAAGAACUGAGGAAAGAAAGACAAACACAAGAAAAAGUUCCAGAAACAAGAAAAAGUACACGGUUAAAUAAAGGAAUAAUCAAAAAGUCACAUUUAUUAUUGACAAUCUUAACUUUGGCGAAUCUACUACAAAUGUCAUCAGCAAGAUUACUACAAUCAGCUCCAUCAAAGUUGAAGUUGCCAAGACUUCAACGGCCUGGUGCCCCCUCAAAAGAUUUCUUUGUCCGACAAGGCUAUAAACCAAACGCAAAAGAAAAAGAAAACGUCAAUCAAAAAGAAAAAGAAGUUCUAACAUCACAAAACAUAAAUCAUAAAACAAAAGCCUUUAUAAUAUGCACAAAGUACGGCGCUUUGUUGAUAGACAAAGAGUUGGACCCUCAAUCAGAGUACACAGUGUGUGCCGAAAACACAUGUGUCAAAAUGAAAAGUGAUCACAAAACAGAACUUGCUCUGCCGGCAAAAAUAACAACACAUGAACAUCUUAUAACAUGGAGAAAAAAGCAAAUUAAAAAGAAUGAACAUCGUGAAGAAUCGUUCAAAUAUACAACAAUCAACAAAACUUGCCCAGCAAACGAGUUUUGCGAAAAAAUUGAUUGUUGGCUCUGCAAAGAAAAAUGGAGUAAUCCACAAUGUCAUCCAAUUUUGACUUGUUUAUUAGUAACAAUUCUAUUAAUUAUUUCAUGUUUGUCAAUUUUCAAAUGCUCAAAACCAUUUCUAACAAAAACAAAGAAAAAGUUAUCAGACAAAAAAGUGAGGUUCAAAAAAGCAGAUGAAACAAUUGAGAUAGAAGACAAGACGGAAGAAGAAGAAGAAGAAAUCAAAUCUAUACAAUCAAAUAAUUCAAACUUUUCUAAUAGAUCAAUUCAACCUUCACGAUUAGCAAAUAUACCUAUUUUGAUAACAAUUCUGAUGUUUAUAAUAAGUAAAGCAGAAGGUUGUGACAUGAUAAUACCGAUCAAUCACAAAGAAAUACUAAACGGAAAAUUAAAAUCUAUAGAAGAUAUCUUCAUGUCACCAAUGACAACAGAAGUGUGUUUGAACAUCAAAUACAACAAUCAGAUGAUUUCAUCUUAUAAAAUCAAAAAAGUUCAAACAAAACAAGUAUGCCUAGAAGGGAAAAAAAUUGUUUAUCAAAAAUGCAACAGUGGAAACACAAUCUGUAAAACAUUGCGGAUCUGUAGGAAAAUGUUCAGGAGGAAAAUGUAAAGAUAUCCACCCAGAUACAAAACUAGAAGAAUUAGAAUUUGCGAACAACUUUAUUGGACGAACAUACUGCUCAUCCAGCUGCGGCGGAUGGGGUUGCGGGUGUCUGUCACUGACAGACGGCUGUAUGUUCUACAGGAACUUCGCAAUAUAUGAUAAAAGAAAAACACUAGAACUUUUCGAAUGUGCCGGAUGGACAUCUGAAACACAUUUUUCAAUUGAAUAUAAUCACAAAACAAAGUCAAAAAAUGCAAGUAUUUCACUAAGAGAAGGUUUUUCAAAAGAAAUUCAAUUCGAUGAUAAUGAAAAAAUAACAGUGGCCUUGAUAUCAGCCGAUGAUGGAAUUGGACUAAAUUUUGUAUCAAAACAAUUUUUGAGGUUUGAAGACUCUCUAGCAAUGGUAAAAAUUGAAGAAAAUGAUAUUGCAGUAAAAUGUAAUGAAAAGGAGGAAUGCACAUACAAUGAAGUAUGUAAGUGCACAAAUGGAGAAGAAGAAGUAUUUUGUUCAUGUAAGGAAAAAGAUUUCAUUGGAAUGCUUAAUAGUUAUGACAGUCAACUGCCAAUAAUCAAUGAAAAGUGGACAAUAGAAGCAGUAGCAGGUGCUCCAACAAUUGUUACAAAAAGAGGCAAGAUACAUUUACAAGUAAUAAUGGAAGAACUUUUGGAAAACAGGAUAAUGUUUGAAAACGAGAACUGCUCAAUAAUUGAUUACACAGAAUUACAAGGGUGCUUUGGAUGCGAAAAAGGAGCAGUCGCAAGUUUAACUUGUGAAUCAGAAAAUGACAGUCAUGCAUUUCUAGAGUGCGAAAAUUUUGAAACAACUUUGACGUGUAAAAACGGUGGAGAGCACAAUUUGAUCCGAAGACAUUUUUCAAAAAGCAAAAUUAGCGAAACAUGUCAAGUAUCAUGUGGUGAUUUCAGAAUAUCAGUACCAUUUGAAGGAACUUUACAUUACAUCCCACCAGAAGAGAACGAAAAGGAAAAUGAAUCUAACAAAGGAAAAGAUAAUUUUGAACCACAUAUCCCAAAAAUACCUUCCCCAGCAUGGUGGACUACAAUAGACAUUAUUUUUGAAAACCUUCCAAAAAUAAUUGGAAUGCUCAUAUUGGGAAUUAUUGGAAUAAUUAUCAUUGCGAAGUCAGUAACAUGUUUACUGAAACUAAUAUAA